ACUGAAGUCCAUAAGACAUUAUAUCAAGGAAAAGAGACAGUUUGGGUCUAAAGAAUUAAUUGAAUAUUACACCGCGCUUCCAAGAGCUACCAUAACAGCCAAAAUGACGACCUGGGUACCUGAUGUAUCGCCCGAGAGCCCGUUCUCGUUGGCCAACAUCCCUUUCGGCAUCAUCACAACGGAGCACGACUCCACACGGCGCGCAGCAGUGGCUAUUGGUUCCUACGUGGUGGAUCUCAAGGCUCUGUCUCAGUCAAAGAGCCUCAUUGAGGGCAAGGACGAGGUUUUCAGCCAGCCGACGUUGAACGCAUUUGCCGCCCUAGGCAGACCCGUGCACCGGGAAGUGCGUGAGCUGCUACGAGAUAUCCUGUCGUCCGGGACCACGCACCCAGAGGCUUUCAAGGACAACGAGGAGCUACGAACAAAGGCCCUGAUUCCACAAAGUAAAGUCAGGCUGCACCUACCCAUGGCGAUUCGUGAUUACACGGAUUUCUAUGUCGGAUACAACCAUGCAUACAACGUCGGUGUUCUGUUUCGUGGACCUGCCAACGCCCUGCAGCCCAAUUACACACACCUGCCUGUGGGCUACCAUGGUCGUGCCUCCAGUAUCGUAGUUUCAGGAACGCCCAUCCGUCGGCCAUGGGGACAGAUCUUGCUGGAUCCUACCGCUGAACCUAAGCAGCCGACGACAGCUCCCUCGCGGAGACUGGAUAUUGAGCUGGAGCUGGGAUGCUUCGUCUGCAAGUCGAACGACCUCGGAGAACCUGUCAAGGUGGAAGACGCAGAAAAUCACAUCUUCGGCUAUGUGCUGCUCAACGAUUGGAGCGCACGUGAUAUCCAGGCAUGGGAAUACGUGCCUCUGGGCCCCUUCAACGGCAAGAAUUUUGGUUCGACGAUAAGUCCCUGGGUCGUCCUCGCAGACGCGCUGGAACCAUUCCGCACGAAGGGCCUAGAGCACAAGGCACAGCCGGUACAAGAUUACUUGAAGGAGAGCAAGGAGGAGACAGCAUUCGACAUCAAGCUUGAGAUCGAUCUGAUAACACCUGAGGGCGACACCACCACGAUCGGCGUGACCAACUCAAAUCAACUGAUGUGGUCGUUCCCGCAAAUGAUUGCCCAUCACACGCUAGGAGGCUGCAAUCUCAACACAGGCGACUUGCUGGGGUCUGGUACCAUCAGUGGAAAGGAGCCCUCAGAACGGGGUAGCCUGCUCGAGAUGAGCGAGGGCGGGAAGAGGGACAUUAUGAUUAAGGGCAUGGAUGUGCGGAAGUUCUUGAAAGACGGCGACACGGUCACGUUGCGUGGGACUUGCGGGAGGCAGGGUGAAUACGUCGGCUUCGGCGAAUGCACAGGCACUAUAUACUCUGCCAUCCAGAGGUAGGUAGGUCAUGUGCAAAGGCGAUUUGGUCAUGAAAUGCCGUUGUAUAUGCAAUAAUAAAAGCAUGCUUUACAUAUUUAUCUUACCAUGGAUGGGACCCGGGGUUUCUCAAUGCAUCGAAAAUGCAAAGCUCUGAGCGACGUUGAACAUGCGCACGGGAGGUCACGGAAAUACUGCCUUUGGGUUCUUUUUG